AUGGCGCUUAAUGUUGAUGGUAUAGACUUGCCCGAACUAACUGGCUGCAAUCCAGGAGAAGUUGAGGAACUACAGGCUCUGGAAAGGUAUGCCACGCCCGAUGGCCGCUAUGGUGAAGGUGUCCUUAAUGAUGCUGACUAUGAAAGGAGGUGCCAGAGCUCCGAUGACGUUCUUCGUCGGUUCAAGCAAUACCUAAAUGGUAUGGAUGCUACGAAGUUGCAACGACUGGGUAGGAUUUGCUACCUGGAUCAAGACGGUCUUAUUCACCGAAAGCCAAGCGACCCCGAUGAGACCGAGAGGGACCAAAUUACUGGAGUAUUACAUCUUG